AUGUCGGAGUCUCUGCGUACUGCGCCAUUGUCAGACGAUGCGACCCAAAAUCGCAGCGUGAUUGACAAUGAGCAUGCCUCGGGUACUCGCCAUGCAUCUCGCCGCCCACCGGUACGGCCUCGGCCACAGUCCUGGCAUCCUUAUGGGCCGGUAGAACCACCACUGGAGUCAAAUACGUCAAGGUCUAUCGGGGUACAUGCGAUUUUGAACCCCCCAGCUCAGACAACUAUUGACGCCGUGAGCGGCUUGAGGGAUCCACGCAGCCUGCCCGGAACAGCAUCAACACGACCACGCAAAGGUUCUUCGCCAGGCCCUCGGACGAUGCACGCAAUGCAGCACCCAUUAUCUCCUAGAUCCAGUAUGCGGCCUGGAAUGAACCCCGGCUCGCCAUCAGCACGGUUUGUUGGCGGUGGGAGAAGUGGGCAGUCAAGCGUCUCUCACUCUCCAUUGGUUCCUCAUGAGCCUCUGAUGGGUCUACGACAGACCCCAGUGAGCUCCCCUCUGCCUUUGGAAUCGGCACUACGACCUAUUGCUUCAUUACCAGGGACUCAACCACCCGUGACCGCGUCUCUACAAUCUACACCUCGUCUUCAUUCUCGACGAACUAGUGCGGGACCAUUAACAAACCACAGAUCUCAGGAGACAAGUCCAACUACACCCCAUAUAACCCAUAAUCAUUUUGGGGCGGCGUCUCCGGCAGUCACCAUGACCUCAGUUCCACCAAAUAUCGCACCCUACGCAGCAGCACCGGCUCCCUACAUGACAAUGGAACCUAUGACGCGAGGAGCUCCCGCAACAGCUGGACCACGAAAUCUAGCCGAAGAAAGCGGAACGAGGGUGGCAAGCCCGGUACCAGGCACACCCGGCAGCGCAUCUUCUCUAGGUGGCCUAAUACCAUGCGUCAUGGACCUCAAAUCCGGAUCGAGCAGUCAGGCUGAAAAACGCAAAGCAAACAGUGAUGCUUCUCGCCGCUUUCGCAACCGCAAGCGCAACGAGGUUCAACUGGAGCAGCGACUAACAGCACAACAAGACGAGAUUCGUCGCCAAAGUGAAGAGAUCCGAGCCCUUGCUCACCAGCGAGACUAUUAUAGAUCUGAGCGUGAUUUCUUCCGUGAGCAUCUCGAUCGCUCAGUUUCUCUAAGCUCGUUACCACCGAGGCCGCCCUCGCCACGUCCGACGCCCGCUGCUGCACUUCUUCCUGCUCCAAAUGACACAGUGCCCGCCUCGUCGAGGCCGCAGGGAAGCUGGCCGGGCACUCCGGGCCCAGCGCCUUAUGCAUCUGUGCCUCAUGCUUCUGCGUCAACUUCUUUAGGGAGGGAUGUGGCAGCUUCUGGACCUCCGGUUUCUGGAGGGCCUUUGCCGCCGUUUCAAAGUUCAUGGCCCCGGUCAUGA